AAUGCCGAUAUAAUUUUACAUUUUCAGCUUUUUUCAUUCAUUCUUCUAUGUCUACGAAUCCCACUAAAGAAGUGCUUCGUUGUCAUGGACCAUCAUUUGUGGAAAAAGUCAAGGCUAUGCUGGUGAUUGCCUCAGAUAAGAAACGGAAUUUUUUUCCUACUUGUGAGCAGCGUGGUAUAAAAGAUGUAAAGUUUAAAGAUGAUCAAUUAACUGUUGAAUAUGUUGAACUACUUCAUGCUGCAUGUGAUGGAAAGACACCACAGCUUUAUGAUAGCUGGGCAUUUAAGAAGAAAGUUUUUAAUGAAAUUGAAGGAUCAAAUGGGAUUUAUGAAACUGCAUUAAACGGGAAGAAAACGGUGAUGUGCUAUAUAAUAAAGCUGGCAAAUCUUUCAACCAAUGUUGAUAUUAGUAAGAUGUUAAAGCUAAACAUUAGCAGUGGUCCAUGGAUAAAACAGCUUGUGAGUGGUAAAAGUGUGACACUAGAAGAUGGACGAGUUAUUCAUCCUAAAGAUGUAAUGACUAAUUAUAAAACUGCUGCAGGACCCAUAGUAGUGUUGGAUUGUCCUACAGAAGAUUAUCUUGAGUCCUUGAUAACAAACAAACAGUUGUUAGACCUGCAGACAGAUAAUGUUAAACCUGUGUUAAUGAUACAUAUGGCGCCAGCAGCUCUGAUAACUGAUCCUGGCUACCAGGCGUUUAUGGACAGAUUCCAGUCUGAAACUACUCACCUGAUGAUGAACGAGGACUCGCCGGGUCCGUAUAUACAUAAAAGUCAAAUGUUUCAAUCAGUUCUGAAUCGCUUACAUGCUCAAAUAUCUCCUGUCCUGCAAGGAAAGUAUAACUACAAUAUGAGACCUACUCCUACUACAGGCAGAAUAGUACAAGCAUGUCCUGGCCUAAAAUAUACCAUCAGACCUGAAAAAGAUGAGGGCUUUAAUUGGGAUAGUUUGCCAUACUAUGAUGCUGAAGAAUAUUUCCACAACGUGAAGGAGGAGGCCGUGAAUGAGUCUCUUGAAGUGAUCAAAUAUUUAGAUUAUGAAAAACAUUCUAUCAACCUGAAACAUAUGACUGUUUCAGAUGUUGAAAAUGAAAUAAAUCUUUUGAAAAAAAAGCUCAAUGCAAGAGAGGCCCUUACUGAAGAUAAAGAUUAUCCAGAGGUUGUGUUUCUGGGCACUGGCAGUGGCAAGCCAUCAUCAUUCAGGAAUUCCAGCAGUAUUCUUUUACAAAUUAGGAAGGAUGAGUAUUUUUUAAUGGACUGUGGUGAAGGAACAUUACUACAAAUGUAUCAGAUGUAUGGGCUGGAAAAAACCCAACAUAUUCUACGUAACCUGAAAGGAGUGUUUAUCACUCAUUUACACUUUGACCAUCAUGGGGGACUUUUUAGUAUUAUAGAAGUUGUUAACAACGAAAUGAGACAGAAAAGAAGAAUGGAUAAACUGACUAUAAUUGCUCCGAUAACAUUUAGUAGCCUGUGCCAGCAUCAUUCUAGAUAUUUAAACCCUAUUGAAAAUUCAUACAAGUUUAUUCCUAACCAUGCUCUUUACGAUGAUGUCAAAACGAACCCUAAUUCAUAUGUUCUGCGAGAAGUUAAAAACUUACUUGGUCUUUCAGAGUUAGCAAUAGUACCAGUUUAUCAUUCAGUAAAGGCAUAUGGUAUAUGUAUGAGACACAAGGAUGGCUGGAAACUAGUCUACUCGGGGGACACAGAACCAUGUGACCUGCUGAUUCGUUAUGGUCAAAACUGUGAUAUCCUUAUACAUGAGGCAACUUUAGAUGGUGGUAAAGAAGAAAGUGCUGCUAGGAAAAGACACAGCACAGUAACUAGCGCUAUUCAAGUCGGAAGGGAUAUGAAUGCAAAAUUCAUUAUACUUACACAUUUUAGUCAGAAAUAUGCCAAGCUCCCAGUCUUCCCUGAAGAAAGCACAAAAAAUGUUGCUUAUGCAUUUGACUUCAUGCAGUUGCGUCCCAGCCAAUUAUGGACACUUCACCUAGUAAAGCCAGCACUGAAUGCUUUAUUUGGUGGUCAACGAGACAGUAAAUUCUUCCGAGUGUUGUUACAAGCCAAAAGAGAUGAGCGUUGGAUGGGAAAGAAGGCUGUUAAUGUGGAGGAGCUAGCCGAUUAGCAACAGAUGAUGAAAACGAACUGUACUGAAUUAUUUUCGAAGUUCCAUGGCAUAGAUUAUGAAAUGAAUAAGUAAAAAGGUAGAUUUGGAGAAGAAUUACCUAUAUUACUGAUUUAUAUUAUAGAUAUUUCUUAUUUAAAUCUAUGCUUGACUAGAAUGUUACAAGAGUGAGUGUAUUCAGAUAAAGGAGAGAUAAG